AUGGCGGUGACAAGCGUGAAGAUGGAGAAAAAUGCCCUGGAAUCAAGCUGCCCGCGGACGAUAUCAUAUUGGCGACUGAUGACGGACCAAGGGGCAAUCACUCAGGAAGUCCUGGACUACGAAUACGUGGGAUCCGGCACAGAAGACGACCCCUAUGUGGUGGCCUGGAUCCCGGAUGAUCCACGCAACCCGAUGCAGUUCAGCUUUGCCAGAAAGGUCACGAUCACUUCCAUCACGGGAUUUGCGACUCUCAUCGUGUCCUUGACCUCGUCAGCCUACGUCGGGAGCAUCGGCCAGAUCUUGUCCUAUUUCGACGUCGACAAUGAGGUGGCCAGCCUCGGUCUGUCGCUCUUCGUGCUCGGAUUCUCUCUCGGACCGUUAGUAUGGGCACCUUUGAGCGAAACCAUUGGAAGACAGAUACCGUUCUUCUUCAGUUUUCUGAUCAUGGCCGCCUUUUCCGCGGCCUGUAUUGGCGCGCAGAAUAUCCAGACGCUCCUUAUUCUCCGCUUCUUUGCAGGAACGUUCGGUUCGUCGCCACUGACGAAUGCGGGCGGCGUCAUCUCCGACAUGUUUACCGCCAGACAACGAGGUCUCGCUCUCUGUCUCUUCGCAGUGACUCCGUACAUGGGACCUUCCCUAGGACCGAUGAUCGGUGGAUUUCUGGGCAUUAAUGCCGGAUGGCGGUGGGUCGAAGGCUUCCUGACCGCAUGUACCGGACUGGUCUGGCUGAUCAUCACGUUGUUCGUCCCGGAGACGUAUGCGCCUCUACUCCUCAUCAAACGCGCCGAACGGCUGUCACAAAUCACGGGGAAAUGCUACCGAAGCAAGAUCGACCUCGAGAAACCAAAGGUCACGUUAUCCCGACGUCUCCAGACCGCUUUGUCACGACCAUGGGUCCUUCUCCUUCGGGAGCCUAUCGUCUUGCUAUUCACCUUUUACGCCGCCAUCGUCUAUGGUACCCUCUACAUGCUCUUUGGGGCGUUUCCCAUCGUGUACGAAGAAGGCCGGGGCUGGAACGCCGGGGUUGGAGGUCUUCCGUUCAUCGGAGUCAUGGUCGGCACGUUGGCUGGUGCGCUCUACACCAUCCAGAUCAAUCGACAGUACAUCCGCGUGCAGGAGAGAUAUGGGGGAUUCGCACCUCCCGAGGCCCGGCUCCCACCCUGUAUGGUCUCUGCCAUCACUAUUCCAGUCGGCCUGUUCUGGUUUGCCUGGACCAACUCUCCGUCCAUCCACUGGAUCGUGAGUGUCGCCGCCAUGGUGCCGUUUGGGUUUGGUAUGAUCCUCAUCUACCUGAGCAUCAUCAACUACCUCCUGGACUCGUACACCAUCUACGCGGCAUCUGUGCUAGCUGCGGUCUCGGUGCUCCGGUAUUUCUGUGGCGCCGUCUUCCCUUUGUUCACGAGACAGAUGUACAAAGGGCUGGGGAUCCAUUGGGCCUCGUCGAUUCCGGCGUUUAUUUCCCUGGCCUGCAUGCCAUUGCCGUUCCUCUUCUACAAGUACGGCGCUGUCAUUCGUACGCACUGCAAAUAUGCGGCGCUGUCGCAGGCCUAUGUCGAGAAUCUGCGGGAAACCGCUACUACCAGAGCCUUGGCCUCUCCGGGGACCGCCGGAUCACCAGACACACGUCAAGGGAAACCGUAA